UUAGUUGCAGAUUUUGCAAGAAAAAAUGGAUUUUGUGAGGUGCUGCACACAUCUGGCACAGCAGAGAAAAAGAUCUAUUUCUGGUUUGGGUUUCAUGGAAGUAGCUCUGAGGCUUUUUAAGGAGCAUCAAGCCUGAUCAAGUAUGAAAAUUCAGUGAUGAAUCAAAAUCCACAGCAUGCAAACUGACUGUGAGAAGAUGCAGUUGAUGGAAUUCAUUUCAGUCAAUUCAGUUAUGUCGAUUAAGGACGCCAGUCUUUAUAAAUGACGCAAACACAAAAACACUUUCAGAGCGUGUAUAGGUGGUGGGAGGGGGGUAAAUCAGGCUCUGUCUGACUCCUCAGGUUGUUUCAGAUGUGUGUGAAAGCCACCAUCGCCGCAAGCAGUAGCCGUGUGGGAGGUGUGAUGUCUAUCAGGGGCCAGCAGCCACCCCAGGGAGAUGAAUAUCCCACAUCCUCAUAACGGUCAUUCCUCUAGGCCAGUGUUUCUCAGUCUGGUUCUCAAGGAUCCCCCAGUCAGUCCAUGUAUUUGCUCCCUCCCAGCUCCUGGGAAAAUGUGGGCUGACUCUGGGUCCCCGAGGACCAGAUUGAGAAGCACUGCUCCAGCGGAAGGGCAGGUAGACACAGCCAGACCUUCUCAUGCAGUAUGAGGACAGUCUGCAGUGAAUGCGGUUGAAGCCCAACAUGGGAUGUCCAUGAUAAAUGACUGGCAACCUUAGACCUGAGGCCUUUGACAGGCAGGGAAAUCUGCCUGGAUUUUGGGGUGAAAUCUAUAUUUUGUUAUUUUUUUCUUAGGUAAAUCAGACUUAAAUCACUAUAUGAAAGUGAUGUGUAACUGUUUAGUAUGUUUGCCAGUGAGAGACUUUGAUUCAUUGUUUUCAUUCAGAGUUUUACACCAUCGAGGGCUGGAAAAGGCUGUUAAGGGGGAAAACCAAGUAAUUUCUCUUUGCGGUGGAGCACAUUUCAGUAAAUGCCCCCAAAGCCCCCAACAAGAGCCGGGUGUGUUUCUGCUUCUCCGGACCACCCAUGUACGCAGUGUUCAUGUUAGAUUUCUGUGCAUGUCGCUCUUCUGCCAAAUUGUCAGAAAUGGUGUUAUUUGCCUUCUGUGGCUUUUGCCUUUUUUUUUCUUCAACAACCGAAAAUAUUUUCUGUGCGCUCAAAACUUUGUUUGCGCCUUAAGUUCCCCAUUUAGAAUGUCUGAUACCACUGGCAAAUGUCAUCAUUUUCACCCGCAAGCCAGUAAAGUCUCCUUCCAUUUAAGCAGCCUGAGAGAAACUAGUGGCCUCACACAGCAGAAUCACCUUUUCAGACUUUCGGACCGUGGCUUGUUUCUGCUGUUAUUCAUGGUGAUGAGAUCCGGGAUGGUUAUCUUGCCGUGCAGCAUGGUUAAGCCGUAAGAGGCUUCUUUCACAAAGGUCUGUGUGGUCCUGACGUCGACACGCACAUGAGGCGCUUCUACCUUGUGUCUCACUUCACCCUUUCAUGAGAGCUCAUUAGAGAAAGAGCAUCGAGGUGAACCUGGCUCCUGGGGACGGCAAAAAAAAUUAAAUAAAGCAAUUCUGCACCAUACAGGCUGUUAUAAGAGUCCAGCCCGUUUGGAAGUAGAAAAUCCUGAGUGGGAAAAAAUGAAUAACACUUCUUUCGUUGAGCCAUGUGACUUGGAAAACAAGCAGGACGGUUUUCAUGUGGCGAGAAUCUACAUUCACGCUGCCGUCUGUGUGCUGGGCCUCCUGGGGAACAUCCUGGUCAUAGUCACCUACACACUAUACAAAAGGGCCAAGUCCAUGACAGACGUGUAUCUCCUGAACGUUGCCAUAGCCGACCUGAUGUUUGUGGUCACUCUGCCGCUGAUCAUAUACAAUGAGCAGUAUGACUGGGUCAUGGGAGACGCAUCCUGCAAGCUGCUUCGUGGUAUUUACAGCGUCAACCUCUACAGCGGUAUGCUGCUGCUGGCCUGCAUCAGCGGUGAUCGUUAUCUCGCUAUUGUGCAGGCCAGGAGAUCCUUUGGGAUCCGCUCCAAGGCCAUGACCUACAGCCGCAUCAUCUGCGUAGCUGUCUGGGUGCUGGCUCUCAGCCUUUCCGUGCCCACAUUCAUGUACAGUGAGAAACACAGCGAAGGCGCUUUUCAUACUGACAUUGAAUACUUUCACAACGAUGAGGAAUGGUCUGAAGAUCAACUGGAAAGUGAAAUCUUUGGAGAGGAACCAGGGAUGCUGUGUUAUCUAAGGUUCCGCAACAAUGGUACUGCAAAGGUUCUGAAAGUCGCCAUCCCCACCACGCAGAUGGUCAUGGGCUUCUUAGUUCCAUUCUUCAUCAUGGGUUUUUGCUACAUCAGCAUCAUCAUAACUCUGCUGCAGGCAAAGAACUUCCAACGACACAAGGCCGUGAGGGUUGUCAUGGCCGUGGUGGUUGUCUUCAUCAUCUGCCACCUCCCCUUCAAUGCCACGCUCCUAUACUACACCCUGGUCAUGUUUAUUGAAAAGGAUUGCUCAGAGGAGAUUCACAUCCUGAAAGGCCUGGCCGUUACAGAAAGCCUGGCCUACCUGCACUGCUGCCUCAACCCGGUGCUGUACGCCUUCAUAGGAGUGAAGUUCAGAAACCAUUUCCGAAAGAUCAUGGAGGACUUGUGGUGCCUCGGGAAGCGCUACAUUUAUUCCAGGCGCUCAUCUGGGUUCACCUCGGAGAUGUACCUGUCCAGGAAGUCCAUGGAUGGCUGCAACAAUGACAACGGGUCUUCUUUCACCAUGUGAGGAAUGCACGUAGAAUGCUCUGAUGUUUUUCCAAACGGUCCCGCGAUAUAAUCAACUUGAACCAACGUGAGAUCAUUUAAUUCAGCAUUUACAAAGAAUAAACUCUGACACAGAAUAAGAAACAGUCUGGAAACUGGGCAGGAACACGUAAAAAAGAUGUGUAUAAAUGUACCAUUCUCUUUUAUCUUCGUUGCCUGAAUGGCUAUGGUGUGCAUCGCAUACCUUCAUCAACAUCACCUUGAAAGCAUGAUUGAGAAGGAUGAAUGAAAGCCGCCACUGGUUUUUGAGAUUUAGUCAUUUAUCUCAAAGAACACCUUCAGUUUUUUCUGUUGUUCAGUUUAACCUGUACUUACUGUCAGAAAUUAAGUGUUUUUUAAAAAAUAAUAAUAAUUUGCCUUGUGUGAUUGUCCUUCAAAGCAUGCAGACUCUUUGAACUGGAAGAGAAAGCCUGGCAAUGUUUAUUUCAGCUUACAAUGUUCAUAGCCUUUUCAUAUAUACUGUAUAUUUUUUGUUUAUCCAAUAAAGUUGAGUUCUCGCAAA